AUGGCCGCUAAUAAGACGACGACGAUGGUGAUCAGCCUGGGGAGCUCGCGGCGGCGGAAGCGCGGUGAGAUGCUGUUCCGGUUCGAGUCCUUCUGCCAGCCCGGGUACCCGGCGCCGCUCGCCGGCGGGGGCGCCUUCAGGGACAACGUCAGGGCGCUGCUCGGCCUCGCGCACCUGGAGGCCGGCGGCGCGCAUGGCGAGACCAAGUGCUGGUCGUUCCAGCUCGAGCUGCACCGCCACCCGCCCACCGUCGUCAGGCUCUUCGUCGUCGAGGAAGUGGUAGACGCGUCGCCGCAGCGCCAGUGCCACCUCUGCCGUCACGUCGGUUGGGGUCGGCAUCUGAUCUGCAGCAAGAGGUUUCACUUUGUGCUGCCCAAGAGGGAACUGUCAGUGGAAGCGGACGGCCUGCACUACGGGAUCAACCACGGCCCGGAGAAACCGUCCAAAGGCACGGCGACCUCCAGGGGCCACCUGCUGCACGGCGUGGUGCACCUCAACGGCUUCGGCCACCUCGUUGCCCUGCACGGCUUCGAGGGCGGUUCCGAAUUCGUCGCCGGCCACCAGAUCAUGGACCUCUGGGAUCGCAUAUGCUCCUCCCUAAACGUCAGGAAGGUGAGCCUCGUCGACACGGCGAGGAAGGGGCACAUGGAGCUGCGGCUGCUGCACGGCGUCGCGUACGGCGACACGUGGUUCGGGCGAUGGGGCUACCGGUUCGGCCGGCCCAGCUACGGCGUCGCGCUGCCGUCGUACCAGCAGUCGCUGCACGCUCUCCAGUCGGUGCCGCUCUGCUUGCUCGUGCCGCACCUCUCGUGCUUCAGCCAGGACCUCCCCGUGGUGGUCACCAAGUACCAGGCCAUCAGCGGCCACAAGCUGCUCAACCUCGGCGACCUCCUCCGCUUCAUGCUCGAGCUGCGGACGCGCCUCCCGGCGACCUCCGUCACCGCCAUGGACUACCGCGGCAUCAUGUCGGAGGCCUCGUGCCGGUGGUCGGCCAAGCGCGUGGACAUGGCGGCCCGCGCCGUGGUGGACGCGCUCCGCCUCACCGAGCCGCCCGCGCGGUGGGUCACGCGGCAGGAGGUGCGCGACGCCGCGCGCGCCUACAUCGGCGACACGGGCCUCCUCGACUUCGUGCUCAAGUCCCUCGGCAACCACAUCGUCGGCAACUACGUCGUGCGCCGCGCCAUGAACCCGGUGACCAAGGUGCUCGAGUACUGCCUGGAGGACGUGUCCAGCGUGCUCCCGGCGGUGGGCGGCGUGCCGAGCAACGGCGGCGGCGGCAAGAUGAGGGUGCGGUUCCAGCUCACGCGGGCGCAGCUCAUGAGGGACCUGACGCACCUGUACCACCACGUGCUCAAGGAGCCGAGCCAGGCGCUCACCACCGGCGCCUUCGGCGCGAUCCCCGUGGCGGCGCGGAUGGUCUUGGACACCAAACACUUCGUCAAAGAUUACCACGAAGGUUUCGCUCCGAUCAACAGUGUUGGAGUUGGGCACGUCCACAUGAACCUGUGUUGCACGCUGCUUGUGAGGAACGGGAGCCCGGAGCUGGUGGCGCCGUACGAGACUGUGACCCUGCCGGCGCAUGCAACGGUGGGCGAGCUCAAGUGGGAGGUGCAGAGGCUGUUCAGGGAGAUGUACCUCGGCCUGAGGACCUUCACGGCCGAGUCCGUCGCCGGGAUCGGUGCCAGCCAGGACGCUUGCCCGGUGCUCGGGCUGAUCGACGUGGGAAGCGCCGUGGUGAUCGAAGGGACAGUCGUCGAGCAGCAUCAGCAGCAGCUGGCGGAUGAAGGCGUCCAGCCGGGGAACGAGGCGGCGGCGGUUGUGAGCGAGGGAGACGGCGACAGCGAGAGGGUCGUGGACUGCGCUUGCGGAGCGGAUGACGACGACGGGGAGCGCAUGGCGUGCUGCGACAUCUGCGAGGCGUGGCAGCACACCCGGUGCGCGGGGAUCAAGGACACCGACGACGCCCCGCACGUCUUCGUCUGCAACCGCUGCGACAACGACGUUCUGUCGUUCCUUCCCUUGAGCUGUUAG